UCAUGUAAAGAGAGAGAGAGAGAGAGAGAGAGAGAGGUUUGUGUUUGCGAUUUCUUAUUCGGGGGAAUGAAGCAACCAAAGCCGAUUCUGAAAUACAUCUUGGUGUCUAUCUUCCUUAGUCUGCCUCUCAUCUUCUUCUUCUCUAUAGUACAACUACGUAGACCCGAAAAAGACCUCAUCAGGAUCCGACCCGGUUACACAUCAUACGACUACUACAUCCAACGACAGCUCAACAAGACGCUUAACCCUAGGCUACGUACACUAUGGAUGACACGAGACUGGGACCGUAAGAUCAAAGUGUUCUCAAAAUUCUUCCAAGAUCUGAAACGGCAAGGUCUCUUAUCCAACGCUUCUAAAUGUCUCUGCAUCGGAGCUCGAGUCGGGCAAGAAGUGGAGGCCCUGAUACGUGUGGGCGUAACCGAGUCGGUGGGAAUGGAUCUGGUGCCGUAUCCACCGUUGGUGAUCAAAGGAGACUUUCAUCAUCAACCGUUCGAUGCUGAGACUUUCGACUUUGAAUUCUCUAACGUGUUCGAUCAUGCGCUUUACCCGGACAAGUUCGUUGGAGAGAUCGAACGGACACUGAGACCAGGAGGUUUAUGUGUUUUACACGUGGCCCUCUCUACACGCUCGGAUAAGUAUUCGGCGAAUGAUCUGUACAGUGUGGAGGCAUUGAUGAGGCUAUUCCGACGAUCGGAGGUGGUUCAUGUCCGAAAUGUUGACGGCUUCGGGUUGGAUACGGAGGUUGUGUUUAGGAAGAAAAGGGAUUCAUCAAUCAUAGUCCGGUCAUGAUUUUUUAUCUUCGUGCUAAAAUAAUCUAUUGUUAUGUCCCAUCGAUUUUAAUGGAAAAAUUGUGUUUUAAAUAAGUUUUUUUACCGUUCGUAGAAAUGCAUGAUUAUAUAUGAAUAGGCCAAACCUUAUGCCAAAACGAGAGGUUGUUUAGUACUAGC